AUGGUGACUAAAUCAUGGUUCCGAAAUUUAUGGACAACUUCCAAGAAAUCCGACUCCCAAGCACACAAAUCACAAAUUGCGGUUUUGGCGUUCGAAGCCGCUAGCCUUAUUACCAAACUCCUCCACCUAUGGCAAUCUCUCACCGACAAGCAAGUCGCGAGAUUAAGAGACGAAAUAACAAAUUCGGCCGGCAUCAAAAAGCUCGUCUCGAAAAACGACGACUACAUCGGCCGGUUAAUAUGCACGGAGAUGAUGGAGAACUUAUCCCACAUGGCACGAGAUGUCUCCAGGCUGUCGAAAAAGUGCAACGACCCUCUCUUGAGGAGCUUCGAGCAGGCCUACAGCGAUCUAAUAAAAAACGACGCGGACACGUACAGGUGGCAGUUCUCGUGGAAAAAAUGGAGCAUAAAAUCAAGAAAAUGGAGCGUUUUGUGGCCUCUAACACGAAUGGAAACUCUCGCGGAUCUCGAGCAAAUGUUGAGGAGAAUGAAAGGCAGUGAUAAUUUGGAUAGCAUAACGUUGGUUGAGUACGAGAAGAAGGUCACGUGGAAAAAGCACGAAGUGAAGCAUCUAAAAGAGAAUUCCCUUUGGAGCCAAACAUACGAUUACACGAUCCUUCUUCUCACUCGAACCGUAUUCACCGUUUUUGGAAGGAUCGAGCACGUUUUUGGAAUCAAUCAAGUGGCCGAUUUAGGAGUCAGAGAAUCUAAAAACAAAAGCUAA